AUGCGUGAAGAUCCUAUUUCGCUUGCUGCCCCCGACCACACUCUUGAAUGGAAAUCGCAUUCUUUUGUAGAGACUUCCGCUACCAGAAGCUGCCAUUCAUCUCUCAGCAUCAAAGCUAUGGUGACUACGGGUGCUCGUCUUAGCAUUGCUUCUACAACCAGUGAUGGAGUGCUGGCAAGUUCGCUAGUUCUUUUUGCUUGUUGCACUUUACAAACUUUCGAGUUUAGAUAA